AUGAAGCUGAGAGCAUGUGUCUUGUGGCCCCAGCUCCCGUGGCUCUGGUCUUCAGUGCUUCUGGGUUGUGUCUUUGGCUGUGUCCCCAGCAGCAGAAGUGUGCACACACAUAAGCAGUGGCCACUGCUGUCUGAUGCUUUGGGAUCCUGGGACAAACCAGAUGCCCCUCACCAGGAGUACCUUCUUGGAAUAAAGCGCAUCCGGAGGCUCUACUGUAACGUGGGCAUUGGCUUCCAUCUACAGGUGUUUCCAAAUGGACAGAUAUCAGGCGCACAUGACGAGGGCCCAUACUCUCUUUUGGAGAUCUCCCCAGUGUCCAGAGGGGUGGUGACUCUGUAUGGGCUGAGGAGUGGCCUUUUUAUCGCCAUGACCACCAGAGGGAAGCUCUAUGGCUCCGACCACUACCAAGCUGAAUGUAACUUCAAAGAAAAACUUCUAGUCAACAACUACAACACGUAUGAGUCAGCCGCACACCCGGGAAUGUACAUCGGCAUCAGCAAAAUGGGCAAGAGCAAGAGAGGCAACCGCGUCUCACCCACCAUGAGCAUGACACACUUUCUGCCGCGAAUAUGA